GACUACUACGGCGUCCUCGGCGUCGCGAGGAGCGCGGACGCCGCGGCGAUCAGACGCGCGUACCGAACGCUGUCGCUGCGAUUCCACCCCGACAAGAACCCCGCGCCGGACGCGCAGGAGCGAUUCAUCGAGGUGAGCGAGGCGUACUCCGUGCUGAGCGACGACGCGAAGCGGAAGCACUACGACCGGUGGGGCGCCGCGGGCGGUCACGGCGGCGGCGGGGGAGGCGCGACGUCGUCGUCGUCGUCGGCGGCGUCGUACGCGAGCGACUUCAACGCCGCGGACGCGUUCAAGGUCUUCGACUCGUUCCUGGACGAC